AUGGCAAGUGGCUGGCCGUCGGUCGAGCAGGACUACGCCAUGGGGGACGUGCAGUACAUGCAAAACACCUACUGCACAGGCUCCUACGUGGCGGUCCUGGAUGCAGGUUUUCACGUGGUGGAGAUGUCGAAGAUAGAGGUCAACAAUGCCUCCUGGGCGGCUUCAGUGAUGGAUGUCAGGCUCUUCGCUCAUAGCAGCGGUACCAUCCUCGUCAGUUUCAUGGCCUACUGCCUCCUCUCGCUAACCCACGUGAUCUUGGCGCCCCUCCAUGUGGAGGCCUCGCUGGGCCGUCUGUCGGCGAAGCUGCAGAUGGCCGACCUCCAGCAAGUGAAGGACUGUGCCGCCCCGCACAGCCCCAAGAAGAACUUGGGAAUAUUGGAGCGGCACGGUGCUACCUACGUCUUGGACCGGAUCUAUCCCACCGUAGUUGGACACAUCGAUCGAGUAGAACACCUGGUGGAGGGCAGUCAGUCAAACAGUUGGAAUCAGAACGGCUCCAUCCAGACGUUGUGCAUUCGCCCGGCCCCGACGCCCUGGCCUUUGCGCCUGGAGCCGUGGCAGGGCGUUGUCGGCCGCGGAG